UUGUUGCACGAGGUGCAUCGCGAAAACGUGCACUGAAAAUAUUGACAGGAAUAGUUGGAAACUGAGACUCCGGCUGUGAUUUUACUGUGAGAUGGACAAUAAUGCAGAGUUUUAUAAGGAUCUACCGAAGGUGGAGCUUCAUGCUCACCUGAACGGAUCGGUGAGCGUCCAGACCAUGGAGAAGCUCAUCCGGCGGAAACCGCACCUCAACAUUGAACACAGCAUGACGGCCAUCGGCAAAGGCCAGCGGAGGACACUGGACGAAUGUUUUGAGGUCUUUAAAGUAAUCCACAAACUGGUGGACACGGAGGAGGAUAUCCUCAUGGUGGCGACGGAUGUUAUCAAAGAGUUUGCAGCUGAUAAUGUCAAAUAUCUUGAGCUCAGAAGCACACCGAGGGAAGAGAAUCACACCGGACUAACAAAAAAGAGUUACAUUGAGACAGUCAUUAAAGCCAUUCAGCAAUGUAAAAACGAGGGAGUGGACAUAGACGUCAGGUUUUUGGUGGCCAUCGAUCGCAGAAAUGGCGCAGAGGUUGCUAUGGAGACAGUGAAGCUGGCUGAAGAGUUCAUGUUGUCGUCUGGAGGUUUGGUGGUGGGAAUUGACCUCAGCGGAGACCCAACGGUGGGACACGGCCGCUGUCUUCUUCCUGCUCUGGAGAGAGCCAGGAACUGCGGGCUGAAACUGUCGCUGCACAUGUCAGAAGUUCCCUCCCAGCUGGAGGAGUCCGAGUUGCUGCUGAACCUUCCUCCUGACCGGAUCGGUCACGGAACCUUCCUGCAUCCGGAGAUGGGCGGUUCUCAGUCCGUCGUAGACCGAGCGGUGAAAGGCAGGAUUCCUCUGGAGAUUUGCCUGACGUCAAACGUCAAAGGACAAACGGUGCCGAGUUACUCCCAGCACCACUUCAGAUACUGGUACCAGUUGGGACACCCGUGUGUCAUUUGUACGGACGAUAAGGGAGUCUUCUGUACGGACUUGUCUCAGGAAUAUCAGCUGGCGGCGUCCGCCUUCGGUCUGCGUCCCGACGCGGUGUGGACGCUGUCGGAGCGCGCGGUCGACUGCAUCUUCGCAGGAGACGAAGUGAAGCAGCAGCUCAGACAGAAGUGGACUGAAUUAAAGCCUGGGCUGCUGAAGGGAGCCGAGCUGCAGGCUUAGAGAUCAUCUCUGGGUUUGAUUUUACACUGCAAAAACAAAAUCUUACCAAGUAUUUUUAGUUUACUUUAAACUGCAAAUGUCUUAAUUAACUUGAAGUAAGAUAAAACUAACUUACAAGUAACUUUUCAACAAGUAUAAGUGACAUAAUCUCCCAGUGGCACUCGAUGCUAACGGGGCAGGAUUAUGUAAAAUCGACUCGGCUCCUUCAGACUAGCCAGCAGCAAUUAGUAAACACCUGGUGGAACUGCUGAGCUCAGAGCAGCCACUUCUCAGUGAAAUGCUGGUACAAAUGUUGCUGAAAGGUUAAUAGAGGAGCCAUGAUGUGACGACUUAAUGAAGGCGGAGCUUCAGGAAGAGCAGGAGUUUUUAAAGAGACAGAUGCGUAAAACGCCUCAAGGCGUAAAAUUAUUACAUUUUUUAAAGUCAUUUUUAAUAUUUAUUGCAAUUUUUUAUCUGAAGUUAAUUAUUUGAUUAUGCUAUAAAUCAAAUGUCUAGAAAAUACAUAAUACUGCAAUGUUUUUAAAAAAAAAAAAGACUUUAAAUAAGCUCCUAUAUCUGCUGUAAAGUUCCUUGUAAGUCAGUUUUGUCUUAUUUCAAGUGAACUAAGCUGUUUGCACUAGAAACUAGAACUAAAAUACUUGGUAAGAUUGAGUUUUUUGCAGUGUGCUGAAAUCCAACACAAAACUGUAAAUUAUAAAAUGUUUAAUACAUUGAGGCAAAGUGUUAUUUUUGCUGUUUUACAGCGUUGUUCGGGUUCCUCAUGCAAAGUGUAGAAACAAACUCAAUAAGGAGCAGAAAUAAAAAAAUUUUUAUGCA